AUGGAUAAAGAUUUGAAAAGAAAAUUAGAGCUUCCAUUUUUUGGAAGAAAAAAAGCAAACAAUGAUGCAAAUGCAAAGACAAGUAAAGAAGAAUUCAAUCUUGGAGAUCUUCCUACUGAUCUAGGUUUAAGGAUCCCAAUUUUGAAUUAUAAUCCAAAUAUUCGAGACCAAGUUAGAAGACAUUAUAUGCAAAUGGGUCCUUGUCAACCUCGACAUCAUGAUUUUCCCAAGAAAAAAUGUGGACAAGCAUUUAGAAUAUUUAAUCCUGAUUGGUUUGAUGAUUAUAAUUGGUUGGAAUAUAGCAUAGAAAAAGAUGCUGUAUUUUGUUUGUGGUGUUAUCUUUUUAGACCAACCGGUGGUAAAAAGUUGGGCAACCAAUCUUUUGUUAUUGAAGGGUUUUCAAAUUGGAGAAAGAUAGAAAGAUUGAGUACUCAUGUUGGACAUGUUGGUAGCAAGCACAACCAAGCUCGUAGAAACUGUGAAGCCUUGAUGAACCAAAAGCAACAUAUUGAAACUAUUAUUUCUAAGCAGUCAAGUCAAGUUAAAAAAGAAUAUCGAACCCGGUUGGAAACAUCUGUGAUGUGUGUACGGUAUCUUUUACGACAAGGACUUGCCUUUCGUGGCCAUGAUGAAUCUCUAGACUCAACAAAUCAGGGUAACUUCCUAGAGCUUUUACGAUUUGCAGCUUAUUUUAAUGAUGAUGUUAGAAUUGCUACACUAAAAAAUGCUCCUGAAAAUCUGAAAUUAACAUCACCCGAUAUUCAGAAAGACAUCAUUAAUGCUGCCGCAGUUGAAACUACCAAUAUUAUUAUCAAAGAUAUUGGAGAUUCUCUUUUCUCUAUUUUAGUUGAUGAAUCUCGUGAUAUAUCAACAAAGGAGCAAAUGGCUAUUGUGUUGCGCUAUGUGGACAAGAAUGGACAUGUGAUUGAACGCUUUAUAGGCAUUGAACAUGUUCCUAACACUACUGCUUUGUCUCUUAAGGCUGCAAUUGAUAAACUAUUUUCAAGAUAUGGGUUGAGUAUAUCAAGACUAAGAGGACAAGGUUAUGAUGGAGCAAGUAAUAUGCAAGGUGAGUUCAACGGUCUUAAAGCACUUAUUUUGAAGGAAAAUCCUUGUGCUUUUUACAUUCAUUGUUUUGCACAUCAACUUCAAUUAGCGCUUGUAGCUGUGGCCAGAAGACAUAUUCAGAUUGAUUCACUAUUUUUUUUUACUUCUAGUGUGGUGAAUGUUGUUAGUGGGUCAUCUAAGCGUUGUGAUAUUCUUCAAGAUAAUCAGAUUAAAAUAGUUGCGGAAGCACUUGAAAAUGGUGAGAUUUCAAGGGGACGUGGUUUGAAUCAAAAUACUUCUCUUAAACGCUCUGGAGACACACGUUGGGGUUCACAUUAUGGUACGUUAAUGAGCUUGAUUACUAUGUUUUCAUCUACAAUUAAAGUUAUUGAAACAAUUGUUGAAGAUGGAUCAAGUGAACAAAGAUUUGAAGCAAAGAAUUUGUUGGAAACGAUGCAAUCAUUUGAUUUUAUAUUUAGUCUCCAUUUAAUGAGAACCAUAUUGGGUGUUACAAAUGAGUUGUCAAGAGCACUACAAAGGGAGGAUCAAGAUAUUUUAAAUGCCAUGUGCUUAGUUAAGAUAUGCAAGCAACAAUUACAAAACAUGCGGGAGAAUGGGUGGGAUUAUCUGCUUGAUAAAGUCUCUUCAUUUUGCAAAAAGAACGACAUUAAUAUUCCCAAGAUGGAUGAUAUUUGGACACCUCGAGGUAGAUCACGACGCAAAUCUCAUGAAAUUACAAACUUGCAUUUCUUUCGUGUGGAGCUAUUUUAUUCAGUGAUUGAUAUGCAACUUCAAGAGCUAAAUAAUCGUUUCAAUGAGGUGAAUACUGAAUUGCUUGUAUGCAUGUCAUGUUUGUCUCCUAUUGAUUUAUUCUAUGCUUUUGACAAAGAAAAAUUAAUUCGAUUUGCCGAGUUUUAUCCAGAUGAUUUUUCUGCUUUUGAAAUCUUGGCACUAGAUGAUCAACUUGAGACUUACAUUGUUGAUAUGCGCACAAGUAAAGAGUUUGGAGAUUUGAAAGGCAUUGGUGAUCUCACAAAAAAAAUGGUUGAAACAAGAAAGAAUAGGGUAUAUUCUUUGGUUUAUCGUUUGUUAAAUUUAGCGUUGGUAUUGCCUGUUGCUACAGCUACAGUUGAGAGAUCAUUUUCUGCCAUGAAUAUUGUGAAGAACAAGUUACGCAACCGAAUGGGAGAUCAAUUGAUAAAUGAUAGUUUGGUUGUAUACAUCGAGAAAGAAAUUUGUGAUGCUAUAGAUAAUGAAACUAUUAUGCUACGCUUUCAAAAUAUGAAAACUAGACGAGGAGAGUUGUAAUUUUUUAUUUUGCUAGAAUGAUAAUUGUAAUUGACUUUAUAUUUAAUGUAU